AUGUGGGAAAAAAACGUGACUGUACAAAACGGAGGUGAAGAUUCCUACGAAACGAAGCUGUACUUUGACGUUCCCGAAGGCUUCGAGUACAGUGGGGUGGUAGCCACUGACGAAAAGACCGCACCAAGUUGCUCACCAACCACUGAAGAACCCGACGAGGAUGGGAAAUGGACAUUCGCUUGCGAACUCGGAAAUCCUCUACCACAACAGAAGACAUUGUCAACGGUGGUCCGAAUCACCGCCAAUGAGGCCAAGCCUCCUACGAAACCGAUCACAAUCCACGCUUUUGUUAACAGUUCAAACGAGGAAGCAGACAACACUGAAGGCGACAACUCGUUCACCUUCACAAUUCCUGUCGACGUCAGAAAUCAACUUUCUCUCAACGGACGGUCUAAUCCCGAACAGAUUGAUUUCUCGACGAGAAACAGGACACCUGAGGAUGUCUUCGACGACAACGAAAUCGGCCCAGUUGUCAGCCAUCUCUACCAGGUAUCAAACCGAGGCCCAUCAGAAAUCGACGCCGCUACGCUUGAUAUCUUCUGGCCAUCGUUCUCGGCUGACGGCGGUCAUCUGCUCUACAUUAUCACGGACCCAGUGCUGAGUGAUCCUUCCAAAGGACGGUGCCGUGUAAAACAAGUACAGAAUAUCAACCCACUUAAUCUGAGGGUGACAAACGAGCACAUCGCCACCGAAUCGCCUCGUAGGAUACAGCCUGCUGAUUACGGUAAAACCGAAGAAGAAGAAGAGAACGAUGAGGACGAAGACGAAACCGAGGAGCAUAUGGAGAGAGAAGAAAACACGCAGCUGAAUGUGGCUCCCCCACGAUCUGGCGGUAGUGGUGGUGGUGGCACGUGGGAAUAUAAGGAAAAGACGCGGCCGCCAGUAGAAUAUGAGUAUAUUCCUGAUGAAGAAUAUGAUGAGGAGGAUGAGGACUACGAUCGCAAAGGCAGUCGUGUAAAGAGGGAAGCGAAAAGGAAAGCUGCAAAGCAUGGCACUUCCAGAGCAAGAGUUGAAGGCAAGACCUCGGAUAAGGCUCGAUUUUCGGAUCUUCGACAGGCUGUAAAAGAGUCGAAAGAUGCCGGUGGUGUUAUUGACUACCAAGGAGUACUCAGUCGAGCCAGCGUUGACUGCAACUCCUUAAGAUGCACUCACAUCGAGUGCGAUCUCUACAACAUCGGAGAGGAUGAAUUCGUUCUUGUUGAGAUCUUCUCGCGCCUUUACACCAAUACACUCGUCGACGAACGCAAUCCUGGAGGUGAAAUCUCCUCGUUGGCAAUCGCCAAGGUCACUUCAUCCAAGAUCAGCUGGCCCCAUAAGCCAACUCUGGCUACGGCAGUCACUACUGCGUUGAACGCCGUUGACGACGAGGCGUCUGCUGCUGGUGUGCCUUGGUGGCUGUACCUCCUCGCAAUUCUGAUCGGUCUCGUGUUGCUCGCUCUGCUCAUUCUCCUCUUGUGGAGGUGUGGUUUCUUCAAAAGAAAUCGCCCACACGCGGAGAAGGCUGAACGUAAAGAGAAUCGAGAUGUCGACGGUCACUAUGCGGACACAAAAACACGCUAUGCCGGUCCGGACAGCUAUAACCCACAAAGUCAUGGCCAAAUGCUUUAA